AAUUUUAAAUAACUUCAGUGUUCUUUUCAAAGAGACAUUACUACAAGAAGAAAAUGGUAUCAUUGAAACUUUUCACUUUUGUUGUGCUGGUAUAUACCGCAAAUGCUGGAAAAGACUUAGACCUUGGUUACAAACUGGUAGACUGUCUUCAAAAAGCAAUGAUUCUGGGGAUUCCUUCCUUGGGCUACAAGUCUCACGAUCCCCUAAUCAUUUCAAGAAACCUGUAUUGGACAUUAGAUUUUGGAUUCUCUAGUGCCUCUUUCAAUGUCAGCAAUAUGAUAUGGUAUGGGCUUCCUCAGUGGAAUGUUACUGCUAAACAAUUGACCGAAGACCAUGAACCACAUGUGAUAUUUGACUACAACAUCCACUGGAACAAAUGGCUACUUACUUCAUUGUAUAAAGUCGACAUCGAUGCUAAUUCGAAUCCUAGUGCACUGGAGGGAAACAUGAAUAUUACUAUGGAUAACACAGACUGGUGGGGAAGAGUUAAUUUCACGAAGCCAGGAUUCAAUUUGACUGAACAAAUAAAUGAUCUCACUGUCUACUGGACUGCCGAUCAAGUUGGUCUAAGCUUCACUGGCUUAGGAGACAUAGAAGAAAUCGUUUCAUCGACUUUAGGGUUCACAAUCAAAAAUUUUCUGAACUCUGGGGCUCUGGGAAAUAAACUAGGAGAGUUUUUCCAUACCAGGCUGAACACAAACUAUUUCCAACAAAAUGAGAAGAUUGAUGCUAUCCUUGAAUUUUGUCGAACUACUCCUUAUCCAGAUGGUUUUAAACCGAAACCAUAAACCUGAUUGUGAUUAUUAUUUACUUUAUGCCGAAACUUAAGAUAUUAUUAAUUUACAUUUGUGCUACAAUAUUUUUGAUGAAUAUUAUUGAAUUUUUUCGAACAAUAGAAUUAAUGCAUUGCAAAA